UUUAUAUGAGUAAACUUACGAAGGUAGUGUUUGAUAGAAAUUAUAUAUUGAAAGGGGAUCACUAUAUUAUAGAUUUGAACACAAGAAAUCUAAUAAGUAUUAAGAAUAUUGAUCAAUAUUGUCGUGCUGAUAAAAUUUAAGAAGUCAUUCUUGAAUAGAAUAGUCUAAAUUAAAUAGAAGAAGUUUUCAGACAAAUGUAUAUAAAUUAUCCAAUUCUAGGAUCUUCCUUAGGGUAUUAGAACUUUAAUUUAACUAAAUCACAAUGAUAGAAAAUUUAGAACUUCCUAAUUUAGAAUAACUUAAUCUAAAUACUAAUUUUAUAAAAGAAGUUCCUCAAUUAUAAUUACCUAGAUUAAAAGUAUUAAAUCUAUCAUUUAAUAAAAUAACAUAUAUUGCUGACUAAAAUCUCCCUUCUUUAGAGUAACUUAAUUUAUCUGGAAAUUAACUUAUUUAUCUCCCUAAAUUAAAUUAAUCUCCUCGUCUCAGAAUUUUAGAUGUUCAAAAAAACAAUUUAAUAUCAAUAACAAGGUUAAUGGGUACAUGUUAAUACUUACAGGAUCUAAAGGUUGGUUAUAAUUAGGUUCCUGGAGAAUAUAUAGAUGAAUUAUGUGCAGUUAUUUAAACUUUACCAAGUCUUGAUAAAAUAGAUUUUAAAGGAAAUCCAGUUGCUUAAAUUAAUGGUUAUGAAAUUAGAUUAUUAAAAGCAAAACCAGGUUUAAAAUAUAUUGAUAAUAUUCAUUUAACUGAAAAUAUCAUUUAAAAUUUAUAGGUUAUAUUCAUUUAUAUUUUAGAAUAUGGAAAAAACUAAAUCUUUUAAUGAAUUAGUAGAGUUAACAAAAGAAUAAUAUUAUAAAUGGAUAUAAGAAAGAGAAGAAGUGAGGAGAGUCAUGUAGAAAUAAUUAAAUUAGCAGAAACUUAAAUUGGAUUUCUAAUUUGAAGAUAAAGAAGAAGACAAUAUUUAAGAAAUGAAAGAGUUUUUUGAUUUUAUUAAAGAAAUUGAAGCUAAAAAAAAAAAAGGUGAAAAAUUGAAUAUGGAUGAUCAAAAUAUUUAAUUAUGGAGAUAAAGAUUAUUAUAAUCUGAAAAUUAAAGAAUAUAAGCUUAAUAAUUAAUUAGAUAAUAAUAAAUAAAAAACACUGAAUAAUAAAUCAAUAAUUAUGUAUCCACAAAAAGUAUGAUGGUAUUCUGUUUUAUUAUUUUCUAAGCAAAAAUUAUUUGAAAUUGCAAUUAAUGAACCUGAAAUGUGGAAGGAAAUCAAAAGAAAAGAACUUGUUUAAAUUCCUUAAGAAUAGAGUGAUGAACCAUCUUCUGGUAUGAGAUCUAUGAAUAGUAUUGAAACACCUUAAGAAUCUGGAAGUAGAAGUGGAAAUUACAGUGUAAGAAGUGGAAAGUCAAGAUUUUGA